AUGGGGCGCCAGGCUAAGAGUAAGCGAGGCUCACGCGUAAACAAAGCAAGGAGCCCGAAGAGUUUAUCUGGGACACAUCCUAGAGCUAUAGAUAUGCCCAGCACGUCUGUGGCUCCAUCCAGUUUAUCCCCCUAUUCACAUCCGCUAAUACCCCUCCCACUUCUGGCAUGUCGCUUAGUGAUCACGGGGCUACUCUUGCACCGUGGUUUUGCCCGCUAUAACUCAACUCCCCGCUCAAAUAUCUGUCUGUUGUUAGGUGUAAUUCACACGCUUUUUGUAACUUUAGAUAUAACUAUGAGUCUGAUGGUCUGUAUGCACCAUGGCUUUAGGAUCAGUUUUAUAACUAGCCCCUUGGCGACUAGCUGGGGCUUAGGUGCAGUAUCUGCCAGAAAAAAGUCCGGGUGUUGGAGACGCACUACCACUUGCUACUACAUUCUGCAGGACUUGCUCUUCAUUACUUUUGUUCUUAGUAGAGAUAAGCACUUGCCCCUCGGUACUAUAUUUUUUUCUUGCAUGUCAAUCCUUAUUCUAUUAUUGGAUUGCUUUUUCCUUCGUAACUCUCCAGGCAAAGAUGGAGACCAAUUAGUCAGUGAAGCAAACAUUAAGAUAAUUAACCCAUGCAACCCACAUGACCUAUGCGACACCUCGGCUAAACCAUUGUCCGAGCCUAUAUACUCAGAGUUUGAUGGUGUGGUCACCAAUGAGUUGACACGCCAGGAGUUAACUUCCAUUCCCUUACUCAGCUCUCCUAAAGAUGAUCUGAUACCUGAGUGUACCCAAGUGGUGACAGUGUCCCCCGACACGGAUGUCUCGGUUGCUGUCCCUCAACUUACUUCUGAUUCUGGCAGCGGUACUAUGGAUGGAAUGGGAGCUACAUCGUUUUCUUGUGAGAAGAAUAACUCCUCCCAGAAUGUGGUAAAGGACAUAAAAGACAAGAGCGCUAACUCAAGUGUCCCAUCUACUUUACCUAUCAGUGUUUCUACCAAGGCUUCAUCAACUCGACUUACUGACUCUACACUAGGGAACUCUAAGUUAAAUAAGCCGCUCGUUAGUCAGCACUCAUCAUCUACAAAUACACAGGCAUCUAACAUCACAAAGAAAUCCCAUGUAAUUACCAUCAAUUCCAAGAGCCAUGUAGAGGUCCACAAACCGAUUACUUCUAACGCAAAACCGACAUCACAAACUGAGCCAGAUUCACAACCACCAGUUUCAGUCAGUUGUCUAAGCCUUUCCGCCUGUAAAAGCUCGUCAAAUGGAACCCGUAAGCGGCAACAAAGAUCAGCAGUACCUCAGUCCUCUUUGGUUCGGUCCUCGCAUAGCAGAUCUCUCGAUGAAUACGCUCCAAGAAGGCGUAAGCAUUUUGACAAGAAGAUUAUCCCUGACAAUAUAAAUACUACAAUAAGCAUCUCAUCAGACAGUAUCCCACGCUCAGGAACUGGUGGAGUAGCUGGUGAGAGCAACCAAAGGACGCUACUUAUAACCGCUCCCAUGUCUGAAGGCACUAAUGAAGGGGGCCACACCAGUAAAGCACCCAAGUUGGAUAGUAUAGAUCCCGAUCUGGAGAUAGAUAGUAGUGCCAACGAUUUGCUUGAUUUUAACGAUCUUGCUGACCUUCAUCAAUAUGGUCAAGAUAACGUAAAGUGCAUUGGAGCUGCAGCUACUUGUGACAUCACUCCCGACAUCGAUCGCUCUAAUGUGAUUAAAAACAUAACCUCUUCUCUCUUUGCCUUUACAAGCGCCCCAACAAAAGAUAUAGUGAAGCUCCCCCAUACGCCAUCGCAGACUACCUUCAAACAAGCCGUUUUGCCAAUUUCAGAAAAGCAAUCAGUCACUCUUUCCGAGAGCGAUAUGUUAAUUCUAGCUGCCAAGAACAGCGAUACUGUUGCUAUAGAAAUGUAUAAAGGAUUCACAGGGGAAUAUGACUCAUCAGGCAUGUUUGCACUUGCUUACUGUGUACUAGCGAACAAUGUUGUAGGUGUUAAAGCUCUAUUGGUAGAGUCAAAGAUGCGCACGAUCAAGUCCAUGAGAUUUAACGAAGUGGACUACGUUGACAUGGACGCUCUUAUGCUAUCUGUGCUCUCAAAUGCUGAUAAAGAAAUUAUUGAGAUCCUGGUACCCAUAAGCGACGUAGCCAUAGAAGGAUACUCCUCUAUGACUGCUCUAAUGUUGGCAGCAGCUAGUGGGAACACUAUUGCUGUAGGACUCCUUAUAGAUUCCCAAAGGGACCGAAAGACGAAGGAUGGACGGACAGCUCUCAUGAUUGCGGCUGAGACUGGCCAGGACAAAUGUGUGGAGAUGCUGCUGGAGAAGACGUCGGAAGUUUGCUCACAGAACACGAUGGGCUGGACGGCACUUUGCUUUGCUGCGGACAAUGGGCACACGGCUUGUGUGCGUCUUUUGGCCCCGAAGGAAUCGAUGAUGGUGAUUAUCUUUGCAUACGAUAGAUACUCUGCCUCUGGAUUUGUAAUGAACUUUAUGUCUGGCACAAGCUUGAUGCUAGCCGCCUGGUACGGGUCCGCUGAGUGCGUUAGUAUAUUAAAGGAUUCAGAGGCGCAGAUAAAGACCCAUAAAUAUGAGAACACUGCCCUCAUCUUUGCUGCAACCGCAGGCCACGCUGACUGUGUCAAGUUACUGAUAGAUGUAGAGGCAAAAAUGCAGGAUAGCUCUGGAAGAACGGCUCUGAUGAAGGCUGUGACGGAAGACAAUGUUUCUUGUGUCGAACUGCUAGCGCCAGUGGAGAAUGGGAUGGUAGACGAGCGUGGAACCCCUGCUAUCGUGUUUGCAGCAAGAAAGAACCAUCUAGACUGCGUGUCGCUUCUUGCCCCUUACGAAGCGGAUGCGUUCCACCACCUAGUAUUGAACCGUAACUGGUGUUCUCCAGAGGUCGAGCACAUUAUUAAAAAGAAUUUGCACAGGCAGUGA